UUAUCAGUUGGGCGAUGAGAUCAGAAAAAGAUUAAAUAGUUAUGGCGAUAGUUGCUAGUCGAAACUUCGUGUUUUCGGGUCUAAAACAAUGUGUUUAUACAAAGAGAAUUUUUCUCGUAACAUUUUUAGCCCAACUGUGUCGCAAAAGAGCAAAAAUCGUCCUCAUGAUCGCCCUAAUAUUUACAUGGGGGCUUGGCUCAGGUCUGCUGGUGCUGUGGAAGCUCUCAGUUAUCGAGUCUGGCAUUGACCAGCUGCAAGUGUUCAAAGAAGCCCUAGAGCUGCACCGGGACAAGCUGCACCUAACCGAGCAGCAGGUGAUUCUGUUGCAUGAGCUGGAAGCAGACAAGCACAAAAACUUCCCCAUCGUCUACUGCAUAACCCCCACGUAUUGGCGCUACGUGCAAAAGGCCGAGUUGACUCGGAUCUCUCAGACUCUACAGCUGGUCCCCAAUAUUCACUGGAUUGUCGUAGAAGACGCUGCAGAAAAGAGCGAUUUGGUGAGGAACCUGAUUGAGGACUCGAGGCUGAUUGUCACUCACUUGGUGGCUCAGACGGCGCCUUAUGAAAAAGUCAAAGACAAAAAUCCGAAAGCCCGAAGGCACAGAGGGGUUGAGCAACGGAACGCCGGGCUGCGGUGGCUGCGGGAUAAUCUGGUAGCAGGCAAAGACAAGGGAGUGGUGUACUUUAUGGAUGAUGACAAUACUUAUAGCGUGAAGCUUUUUGACGAGAUAGCCAAAGUGAAGAGAGUGGGCGCCUGGCCAGUCGGGCUGGUUGGGGGGCUGAAUGCAGAGUUCCCGAUUGUUGAUAAAGCAACAGGCAAAGUAACCGGAUACAAAAGUGGCUGGCUACCAAACCGACCAUUCGCCAUCGAUAUGGCCGGUUUUGCAAUCAGCUUGGACCUGAUUCUGGAGAAAACCGAUGCCAACUUCUCCUACCAGAUGGCAAAGGGGAUGCAAGAGAGCGAAUUCCUAUCCUAUUUCACCACCAAAGAAGAAUUGGAACCUUUGGCGGAUCAAUGCACCAAAGUCUACGUAUGGCACACUCGGACUGAAACGCCAAAAAUAAACGGUAUUAUUCCUAACUUAGAAGUGUAGUAGUAAUGUGUAUAUUGAAGCCUUGGACGGCUCAGUGGGUGAUAGUGACAGAUUUGAUCGAACCGACUUAAUAGCUGUAGGUGAUUUAGCGGUGUUGCAGCCAUGCAAACUUGAGAUUGAGGUUGUUUGUACAGUAGCAAUUUACCCUUUUAGGGUUUUUUUUAGUUUACACGGCCAUUUCGCGGGUACAUCGAAGUUACGCUCAUUCCGGUUCCUAGUCACAUGUGAAUAGUGCGCAAAAUGGAUGGUUAGUGAUUUAACGAAUUCUCUUUAAACCGCAAAAUGGUCACUCUUAGUUCGCUGCUGUAACUCCUCUACUGUGAUAUCGCACGUGUUGUAUCAGUUUACACUAGUUUCCUAAGAUCAUGUAAGUUUUCUUGACUGUAUUUCCAAUAUUAAUCUAAACUAUUUUCCAGGG